AGGUUGUCCACUGUGUGCUCCCUUGUUUGGCUUGCUUGACAUUCGGCGUGGCAAGGGGUCAGAGCAGAAGACACAUAUACUGACGCCCUCCUCCAUGAAAAAGGAUUCGUUCGAGCUGAACCGACGUCACAUACACACAGAGAAGAAACUGACCCGGGAGUACGGCAUCAGGCAACCUUCCUAACCCUAUCACCCGUUUGCAAUGACGAUGCGAAGGAUCUGACGUGUGUCCUGUCAUGCUGGUAAUGUCUGAAAAAAGAGGAGCGGGCAGCAACACCGCCGACAAGUUGCAACAUGUCGGAUGACCUAGAAUUAUCCCUUAGUUUCCGUUCCGUUACGGCCAAACGUUAAGGUGUGACUGGUUCGGUCAGGCCAGGUGCUACCAGGGCAAAACAGGGGUUCAAAUCUUACAGCACACUACCAGCAGACAGCAGAUCCCCUCGUUUCCUUCUUAUCCAGUAGUACGGGCAAAUCGAUGAACUGUAAAUUAUUCCACUCAGGCAUUUAAUUGUGUGCUCCAUCCGAGACGCCUUUAGUGCAUUGGGAGGAGGAGUGGUAAGAAGCAAUGGGUAGGAGGUCAAUGGAUAAGAAUUUAAUUUACGCCUGUCUUAGCCAGGAAUGUUCUUAUUAAGUGCCGUAGACGUCGUUUCGAAGAUGGUUACGGUUUGCGAAAUGGCUAACACCGUUAGCAGAAUUGGGACGGUGUGUGUAUGCAUAUGCAGGCAGGCCAUAGCCUUAUCUGUGCGAGUGUAUGUGUGUGUGCAUGUGUAUCUUGCAGAAGGUUUUGGCCCAUGGCCCAAUUUAAAUCUAUAGAUCCAUUCAGGAAGCUUUACACAAUAUGCUUCCUUCACCAUGCUCCGGAGCAUGAUGAUGCAUUCAUGUGCAGGCGAAAUUAGUCGUAUUAAAUUCGCCCAUCGUCGUUGUCGUUGUCUGGGCAUAUUGGCUCUUCACCCAGUGUGGUAAUACUGCUGUAGCUCGCACACAAAGACGGAGAUUUAAUAAAACUUAACAGUGAACGAGUUGUUCAAAUAGCAUUUCCAAACAAUGGAGUUGCAACGAGAGCCCGAUUAAAGUAACUUUAUUCUGAUCCGUGUGUGCAACCGUCGUCCGCAAAGGGAUAGAAUCGACUCUUCCCCUGCUUCAUAUGAAGCUAAUGAAGCUGGGACAAUUUGAUCCGAGAUUCGUGCGAAAGUGAGUCGCUCAUCAGUCGUUGGAUGAAGUUUGCUUCAUUUUCCACUUGCGAGUUUUUUUUUUCUUUUACGUGAUGGCGACAUGAUUCCUACACGAUUAGUACCAUUGGAACCGUUAUCUGAUGACUACGGGGAUAGUUUUGCACAUGGAGGAACACUGGUUGUUGCAACUUUCGAGAAAACGAUUAUCCCAACCAACCCUCCCCGGCUGCUCUUGUGCGAGCGUGUUUGCUUUUGCUCAACCAACCUCCUCCCCAGUUGUCACUUUGUCCACCCGCGUUCGGAACGCGCUUGGCAUAGCGGCACUAUCUGUUCGUUUAACUUCGUGUUUGACACGCCAGAGACAAUCAUAAUCCUUGCUAUUUACCAUCGUCUCACACCCGUAUCUCCCAGCGCGCGCGGUACGUGCGCGGCCGGGGAAGGCUCGGGUCGGGUUAAAAUUGAAACCAAACUUACUUAAUCUCUUUUGCCCGGCUGUGCAUAUUUGGCUCCGUUCCCGAGCAGUGCAACUUCAUUUUCUCCAGCCGUGCGACGGUUGGAAACAUGGCGUCAUUUUGGUUAGGUUCGAAGGAAUGAGCCGCGUUCGGUUGUGCCUUUUCCAAUUCUAGACCCUUUGGAAGUAGGAUUUUCCGCUUUUUUUUAGAUGUUCACCAUUUAUUUCUUCACGAAGCUGCAUGGAACGCCGGAUGGAAAGAUGGGCAGGGCCGGCGGAAGUGUGAUAAAAUCUAAUUAAAUUUAAACUUUAUCUUAAUUUCAAUUUCAAUUUUCGGCUGUACCGGGCGACAGAUUUUACCACCAACCCCGUAAGAUACACGCCGUGGUCUGGGGGAUCCGCCGUUCGCUGUGCAGAAGAAGAUACAAUAAAGUUUGCACCAAACAACGCGCGCUGGUGGCUGUGCUUGGUUCCGAGAUUUGGCUGUACUGUGUUGGUGGGGAAUGGAACAAGCAUUUACUCUGUCUGUAGCUGUCGUGUACCCUUCCGAGUUUCUGUUUACUGUAAUUUUUGCACAGCUGUUGGUUGUGACAACAAGCUUCUCUCUGGUUUCGCUUUGCAAAGUGUGUCCCCUUCAGUUCAGAGCUGCAGCGCUGGCACAGGGGUCCUUUCUGGUGGUUUUAGGUAGAGGGGUUGUGGGUUAGGUUGUAUGCGCACACUGCAGCAUACCACAAAAGCAGCAAAAUUAAAGCAUUCCAAAGCGACCAAACCCGAAGGUUUCGAUUUAUUACUCACAUUCCUGGCGGUUGAAUUCGGUUGUCUUGAAGGUUUAAUGUCAUUUCGGUAUUCGUAGCCGGAAGAGAGCUUUAUUGUUGAAGUUGAAGUAAAAUAAGAAGAUGUGCAAAAGUUGAAGUCUUAUUUCACGUGAAUUUUAAGAGCAUCGUUUCAGAUGUCCUAGAUAUGCGCUAGACGUCAGAUAAACAUAACCAACUUUUUGUAGUUCCUCUAAUCAUGGUUCUUGCUGCUAUUCCCAUACCUCCAAAGUAGGUGAAGGCACAAAACUGUCUUCACAACCCCAAGAAAGAUCAAAACAAAAAGACGAGCAUCUUGUACGAGUAACUUCAAACUUCACAAACAAAUAGAGACCAACUAAAGAGAGGCACCGACCGUCAUGUUUCUUUUCAAACGUUUCAAAAAGCCUCGAAUCAAAAGCUCAACCAGCACCUACACCGAACCGUAAACUAUCCCCGGCAUUAAAUCUUACCAAAAACUCGCACAGGGGGGGCGUGCGCUCUGUUAAAGGCGGAAAGUUUUAAUGAAUUAAAUACUUCCCGCUCAGCAAACAACCAGUCGCCCAGUGCUCUCUGCCCUGUAGAAAGGAAUUAGUAGUAAAAACGUGGAAAAAAGCCAGUACGGCGGAUGUUGUCGCCUGGUGAACUUUUCAACUUCCGCCCGGUACCUCCAAAUCUGUAGCGGAAAUCCAGCUCGAAAGAUGCUCGUACCCCGGAGUGUUGUGCCCUCGUGGUGGGGUUUGAAAGGUUCCACCUCCUACUCGCUGUGCUGAUGUGCUCAUUCCUUUGUCACUGCUUGUGCGCGCAUACUGCCCACCACUGCCUCGCACCAGAUCUUGGCGCGAUGUUCUAGGGCAGACCGGGUAAAUUAUCUCCCAGAACGCGUCCGAUAAGCGGCAGCACAAAUCUGCGCCAAACGGCACCGUCUAUCUCACUGCUAUGAUGACGCUCGAUCGGAGGUGGUGUUGGAGUGCUGUGUCGUUGUGUGUGUCUGCACCCAUUGAAAAGCGUCCACUCGAAGUACUCACGGGCGGGUGAAGCUUAUCUUGUUCCAACUUACCCGAGGUACGGGCUUAGCCCACAGGGUCGUUAUCCGCGAGAUGCGGGAGAGAUGCCCUUAAACGGGGAAGACGUUGUGCGGGAUGGGCAGGUACGUUGCUCCCUGCCCCCAGUGUAAACAGUUCUGCUACGGGUUCAGAACUCGCUCGUCAUUAAACCCUUGGAGAACAGUUGGUGACGGUGAACGAUGCCACCCAGCAGAUGCUCCAAGAUGAGACUCCAGUGGAAGUUUUUAUUUAUUUCUCGCUCCAAGUGAAUGGUAAAUAGAGAUUGAUUUCUAAUGAACUUGCCGCUUUGAACGGUGAUUCGUGGAAUGUGCAACUGUUUUGCGUCCUUCGGAGUACGUGCGAAGGGUCAGUUAACGCUAUUGCUACUGUCACCGGUGUGGAUUUUAAUCCGUCUUGACGACGUAGCGAGAGCAGCGAAGCUGAUAAGGUUUCCAGAAAGCUCACACACAAACAUAGUGUCCCGAUAUGCGCUGCAGUUCUUCACCCUGCCAGCCAGUCGCGCUUUGCAUUACUUUGAAGUCGGUUCUUCGUUCGGUUCGUCGGAACGCUCGCCCUGCUCGUGCCUGUUUGAGAGAUGGUUGCCCGGUUUUUGCCGCUACUGCUCCAAGCGGGCGUGCUGCUGCUCGCCCUCACCGGGUGCAUUUGCCGGGCGCAGUCGAAGAACUUCAAGUGCUCGAUUAUAAAUGAAGCCGGAUUUUGCUUCAUCGAGAAUGUGCACCUGGACGUUUCCACCAACGGCAUCGGGGGUGAUUCGAUACAGUUUCCACGCCACCCGACGCUGCUCAUCAAAUCCGGCGCCAUACCGUACUUCGGCAAGGACAUUUUCGCCCUGCUGGGUAACACGAAGCAGCUGCACGUGUACAACCAGACCAGCAUUCGCAAUCUGUUCAUACCGGUGACCAAUCUGACGGAGAUAAACGUUCAGCGGAACGGGUUGCUAGAGUUUGAUGUCGAGCCGGUCGAAAAUCGGGAGCUGAAGAUGCUCUCGAUCGUGCACAAUGGGUUGGUGACGGUGCCGCGAAACAUCCGCUUCCUAGUCGGGCUAGAAAAGCUGUACCUCUACAACAACUCGCUCGAGUACUUUGACCUGGAGCCGCUGGCAAACGCGAGCCACUCGCUGAAAAUUCUCUCCAUCUACGACAACCACAUCAAGACGCUCGAUUCGCGGUCGGCACUGUACUUUCCCAAGCUGCAGACGCUCUCGCUGAGCAAGAACAAGCUGGCGUUUGUGCCGUACUUUGAGGAAUCGUUCCCCGCCGUGACGGUGGUGUCGCUGCGCAAAAACCCCUGGAACUGUGGCUGGCUGCACACGACCAUGCAGUACAUUGAGGCGCGCAAGAUACAGGUCGUGCGGAAGGAUGCGGCCUGUCGCGAUCGGUGGAUCAGUGAGAUCUGCUGCACGUACACGGUGCUGGACUUUAUGUUCGAUCGUGCGGCGGCUCAGAUACGGCGCGAGCAGCAGCUGCUGCGGAAUGUGACGCACGAGAAUCGGCGGCUGGUGGAGACGGUGCAUCAGCUGGCGGAUGACUUGCAUCGGCUGCAGUCGCAGCUCGACCAGCAGCAACAGCCCGCGAGCGAGAAGAGUAUCUCCGAUGCGAGGACUGGUGAUAGUGUGUAGCUGCAUGGCUGUGUUGUGUGUUGAGUGUAUUACGAAUGCAAUAAAGUGGUGCCUCUUGAUAUCAAGAAA